CAUUUCUGGAGAUCAGGAAACAAUUUCUUGAGAGAGUGUUUUUCGCCAUGCCGAUCGACUAUUCAAAGUUUGAGCAUAUCGGAGACUCUGAUGAAGAGAAGGCGCCCACUGGUCCAUCGUCGUCGCCUCCCGAAGCCAAAGUUGGGAGGAAUGGCCGUGAGCUGCUCGAAGCCGGAGGCCUUGAAGAACGCUUCACCAUGGUGCCCAGCUCCGGAGGUCUUGGGAUGCCCAGCUCCCGAGGAACCAAUGGCAAAGGCGGUUAUCCUGGCGAUUCGCCUGAGAUGGCAGCGCUGGCCGCGGAGUUGGAGAGACUCGCCGGGGGCGGCAAAGGCAUAGCGCCGGAGGAGCCUCCGAAGCCGGGUGAACCGCAGCGUGUUUGCAUGAGGUCUGAUGGCCGGAAGAAGAUCCACACCACUUUCCCCGAUGGGGGCGAAAUGGUGGAGGAGUACGACGAGAAGACGGACGUCUUGCUGGUCCGGAAGGUGCGGAAGCAGACGACCGUGGGCAAGGAAGGAGACUGGGUCUAUGAGGUGGGACAGGCCACGGAGGCCGCCUUCGACCCCUACUCCGACACCUUGCGAGCGUCGUCGAGCAAUCCAAUCUUUCUGCGGAAGGACACGCCGGAACAUUUUCAAUGGCGGAUCCGCAAUCUCCCUUACCCGGCCGACGUGUACAGCGUGUCGGUGGAUCAUGAGAAACAGGAGAUUGUCGUCAGAACCUCCAACAAGAAAUACUACAAGAGGAUUCAAGUGCCUGACCUGCCGCGCUAUGACUUGAAGUUCCAGGAUGAAUUGCUGUCCUGGAAGCACCAGCAUAGCACGCUGAUCAUCUCCUACCGAAAGCCUCCCAAGAUCUUGGCGGGCGAGCAAGACGCCCUGCGCGAUGCGGAGAAGUCUGCGGUCAAGAUGUGAGAACAGCGGCGGCGGUCCGCGGCGGACCAGCCCAGCAGGGUCGGACGUGGUGGCGGCUGAGGAGGACGAAGAAGAGGCUGAGCGGCCAGGGGGUUCAAUGAUGGAGGAAAGACACAUUUACA